GUCUACUCUGAACCACCAUGAACUACUUACUCAUUUUAAUCUUCGCACUACGCGCAGUUGAUUGUACCAUCCCAUCUACUUUUAGAAAAUGCGGCCGCAAAAACCCCGAUUUUCAAAAAUGUCUCCAAGAAGCCGCCCAAAAUGCUGUCCAGCAGUUGGCAAAACCGUUCAAAUCGCUGAAUUUGCCGAGCUUGGAGCCCUUAAUUGUCGAAAGUUUGACUCUCGAAAGAGCUCCUGGUGCAGUGUCGGUUGAGCAACAAUUGACAAAUUGUAAACUGUCUGGACUGACUAGUGCCAAAAUUGAGAAAUACGAUAUGAACUUUGACAACAAAACUGUCGCACUUGUGGCAGUUAUUCCCGAAGGUGUUCUCAAAUGUGAGUAUAAAAUGGACGGCCAAAUUCUCGUUUUGACUGUCAAAGGAGAAGGCAAUGCGACGAUUGGUUGCAAAAAUUUGCGCUGUGUGUAUCAUGCUGGUUACAAAGACUACGUUAAAAAUAACAAGACGUAUUUUAUGGUUGACAAUGACGUUUUGGACGCAGAACCUGAAGAAGUGUACAUCAAUUUCGAGAAUCUUUUUGGCGGGAAUAAGGAAGUGGGUGAUAAUAUUAAUAAAGUUUUGAACGAAAACGCGAAGGAGAUUUAUGAAGAGCGGAAGCCGGUUUAUAAUGACUUGAUGAAGCAGGUGGUGACGGAGGUGCUUAAUAGAGUGUUUGCUAAGGUGUCAAUAGAAGAAGCGUUCGAGUGAAAGUGUCCCAGUUUUGAAAUUGUUGCUGAUAUUUAUAUGAGAAUAAAUUGCGCAAAUAA